AUGAUCAACAAUAAUAAUAAUAAUAAUUCGUCACACAGAAGAACAGGUUUUUCAGAUUCGACUGGAUUAAGUCGGAGAAAUUUAGCAGGAAGUGGGUCUUCAAUAAAUAAUAACAUAAAUAAUAAUAAUAAUAAUAAUAAUAAUAUUAAUAAUAUUAAUAAUAAUAAUUAUAAUAGUAAUAAUAAUAACUUUGUUGCAAAUGAGUUUGGUGGAGGUGGAGGUGGAGGAAAUGAUGGUAAUGUUUCAAAUAUGAAUUUACCUUCUCAAGGUGGUGGAGGAGAUUUGAGUAAUAUAAGAAUGUCAUCGUCUACGAACAGUAAUGUUUCUUUCUCAAGAGGAACGAAUGGUGGAGGUUCACAAUACCCAGAGACUAGAGGCGAAUCCAAGAAUACAUCGGAUUUCUACAUGAUGAGAGCAUCGCAAAAGGCGUCGUCUUAUUUCCCGAUAUCUGAGGAGGAGACACUAGGUCAUCACGGUGAUGAAUUAGCAGCACAGAUUAUGGAGGGACCUGGUAUGACAGAGAAAACAGGAAUGUACGUCUACGCCAAGAAUUUGACAUACACCGUAAAGAAUGAGAGUAACCACAAAGAGAGAUUGGAUUUGCUCCACGACAUGUCGUUCUAUUUGAAACCUCGCGAAAUGACACUGAUUCUUGGUUCUCCAGGUUGUGGAAAGUCCUCUCUAUUCAAAGUGUUGGCCGGUCAAGUUAAAGAUGCCAAACUUGAAGGUAGUCUUUUGUUCAACGGACAUCCUAUCAACCAUAAGAAUCACCAUAGGGAUGUAGCGUUUGUCACCCAGGAGGACUAUCACAUGCCAUUGCUAACGGUGAAGGAAACACUUGCAUUUGCCUUGGAUUGCCAAGCUCCAUCGUCGUUGACCAAGCAACAAAAGAAAGAUAAAGUCGAUCUCUGUAUGAAAUCACUUGGACUCUAUGAAUCUAGAAAUACUUUGGUUGGUGACGAGUUGGUCAGAGGUAUCAGUGGUGGUCAGAAGAAGCGUGUCACCAUAGGAGUCAACGUCAUCGGUGGAAGUAAUUUGAUUUUGAUGGAUGAGCCAACCACUGGUCUGGACAGUUCGACAUCACUCGAUAUCAUCGGUAGAUUGAGAAGAAUCGUAACUGAAUCAAGUUCACCUGCAUUAAUCACUCUCUUGCAACCGAGUGCACAACUAACGUCGCUCUUUGAUAAUCUUAUGAUUCUAUCGCUUGGUCAAAUUAUUUAUUUCGGUCCACUGGCAGAUGCACUUGAUUAUUUUGAAAAGCUUGGUUUCGUAUGUCCAAAACAUAAUAAUCCAUCUGAAUUCUUUCAGGAGAUUGUUGAUGAUCCUGAAAGAUAUUCAUAUUUACAUCCACCAAAAUGUCAAACUUCAGAUGAUUUCGUUAAAGCAUAUCGAGAAUCAACUGUUUAUCAAGAUUUAAUGAGAUCUUUGGAAGAACAUCCAAAUGGUAUUAUGGGAGAUCAAGCUCCAGAGGCGAUGAUAGAUUCGUCGGAUCAACCAAAGUUUAGUCAUUCCAUGCCAAGACAAGUUGUGUAUACUGUUGUUAGAGGAUUUAGAAUGAUUGCUCGUGACUAUGCCGGUGCUGCUGUGAGAGUAACAAAGGGUGUCGUAAUGGGUCUGAUUCUAGGUGGUCUUUUCUUCCAAUUGGACCAUGAUCAAAAGGGUGGUAACGAUAGAUUUGGUUUACUAUUCUUUGCAAUGACUUUUAUUAUCUUUUCAUCUUUUGGUUCCAUUCAACAAUUCUUUGCACAAAGACAAAUCUUUUAUGUACAAAGAUCACAAAAAUUCUAUGGAACUACACCAUAUUUUAUUGCCAAUACUAUUUGUGAUAUGCCAGCAUUCCAUUUUGUAUUGGAUGUGUGGAUUAAGAGCUACACUGGUUCGGUUUGGUUAUUUCCUAUUCAUGUUGAUUCUGUAAGAUAUAGAAAUACUUCCUCUAGUUUUAAAUCAUUCAUUUUAUUAAUUUAUCUUUUAAUUAUUAAACAUUUUAGGGUUGACCAAAUGUCAAAUGGUUUUGUAAAGAUGGUUUCUAGUUUAUCACCAACGAUUGGUUUAGCUAAUAUCAUAUCGUCUGCAGUUCUUGGUAUACUUUUGCUGAUGUCUGGUUUCAUGGCGCCAAGAAAUAUCACUGGUGGCUGGUGGAUUUGGCUAUACUUUAUAUCGCCGUAUACGUGGGCGUUCGAAGGUUUAGCAAUUAAUGAAUUCUCUAAUCAGGCUUAUUAUUGUCGGGACGUAGAGUUGGUUCCUCCGCAGUCCGAUCCGCUACUGAAUGUUCCAGUCGAGUUUGGUGGUUAUGGUGGAAGUCAGGUAUGUCCAAUGACCCAGGGUGAAGACUUUCUCCGACAAUUUGGAAUGCAUACCAACGAUGGAUUCAAAUAUCUUUGUAUUGUUUUCAUCUUGUUUUACACUCUGUUCUUCUUCAAUGUUGCUUUCCUUGCUCUGACAUUCUUGCGUUUCUAUCCAAAGCAUAAGACCAAGGCGAUCGACAACAACAAGAACUCAUUCUUGAAUAUCUUCUCACGUGGAACCUCCACUGGAAAACAAAAGGUGUAUUCACAAUCUCAGUCAGAGUCUGUUAUCACUAGGGCAGCUUCUUCGAGUGGAAGUGCGUUCACCGAUGUCGGAUCCAGUGGCCCCACCAUCGCCAACGCAUCUCUAUACAGUGAAGCAAAGGUGCAGCGACAGAACGAAGAGGAGGCAGUACACCAACGUUUGAAGAAACGAAAGAAGAAGGUCAAGGACGAGCAUAUAAUACCCGAGGACAGAUCUAAUCUUAUUACCGAUGGUUCGUACCUCGAGUUCAAAGAUCUCUGCUAUUCCGUCGACUACAAACAAGCUGAUCCCGACAAUCCAAAGAUCAAGAAGAAAAUCAAACUUCAACUACUCGAUAAUGUCAGUGGAUUUUGUAAGCCUGGAACUAUGUUGGCGCUCAUGGGUCCGUCCGGUGCUGGAAAGUCAACACUUCUCGAUGUAAUCGCCGGAAGAAAGACCGGUGGUUAUAUCACCGGUGAUAUUCUUGUCAAUGGCAAGCCAAAGAACAAGUUUUUCAAUCGUAUUGCUGCUUAUGUCGAGCAACAGGACGUUCUUCCACCAACACAGACUGUUCGUGAGGCAAUCCAUUUCAGUGCAGAGUGUCGUCUCGACAAGUCAGUCUCCAAAGAACAAAAGCUCGAGACUGUCGAUAAGAUCAUCGAGCUACUCAACCUCAAGAAAAUUGAAAACAUGCCUAUUGGUGUGCUUGGCGAUGGUAUUUCACUGUCACAGAGAAAGCGUGUCAAUAUCGGAGUGGAGCUAGCAAGUGGACCGCAAAUCCUGUUCCUCGACGAACCAACCAGUGGUCUGGAUUCUGGUGCUGCCUACAAAGUUAUCAAUCCGUCGUCAACGAUCUUUGAGAAAUUCGACUCGCUUCUCCUCCUCCAAAAGGGUGGAAAAACAAUCUAUUUCGGUCCACUCGGUCACCACAGUGAAGAUGUAUUACGAUACAUCUCACAAUUCAAUAUGGAGAUCAAACCGCACUAUAACCCUGCCGAUUUCGUUCUUGAGAUUGCCGAUGGCACCAGACAACCGUUGGACGAGCAUGGAAAUAAACUGCCAUUCGACGGUCCCGGUGAAUACAGGAAAUCCGAUAUCUAUUUGAUUACCAAAGACCAAAGUGCUCAGGGAAUCGUUCCCAAAGAUUUCACUGCUCCUCAGUAUGACCACCAGUAUGCGGCGUCUUGGUCGCACCAGUUUGGUGUGCUACAGAAGCGUGCUGCACAAAGCAGAGUUCGUCGUCCAAUCAACAUCAUUGCCAAUCUCUUCCGUUCGUUAUUAUUGGCCACCGUUCUUGGUACUCUGUUUGUGCGUAUGAAGCAUGAGCAGCGUGAUGCGCGUGCACGUGUCUCAUUGAUUUUCUUCUCGCUCUUGUUUGGUGGUAUGGCAGCAAUCUCGACGAUUCCAACGACCUGUUUGGAGCGGUCGGUAUUCUAUCGUGAACGGGCAUCUGGUUUCUACACGGUUUCAUCGUACAUGCUCUCCUACAUCAUCUCUGGCUAUCCACUACUCUUUUUCACUGUGGUAUUCUACGUGGUACCAGUGUUUUUCAUCUCUGGAUUGGAUAGCGGUGAUCACUCUGGUUGGUGGUUCAUGCACUAUAUGGAUAUCAUUCGGUAUCCUUUCGAGGCGAUUGCCGUCAAUGAGUUUGAUGGAUCGACAUUCUAUUGCACCAACAACAAGGGUGCAAUCCCGAUUCCACUGAUAGACGGUUCCGUCAAAUACUACUGUCCAAUCACAGACGGUAUUCAAUGGAUUCAAAGUUAUGGAUUCCACUGGUGGAUGAGAUACAUUGAUAUUCCAAUUACCAUUGGUUUCUACCUGAUCUUUAUGAUAGGUGCUGCUCUAUCAUUGAAAUUCAUCAAAUGGCAAGUCAAAUAA